AUGCAAACUGCUUCAGAUACUAUAAAAUCUACUAGAAACCUUCAGGGAAGGAUUGACUGCGUCCCCAGAGCUGAUGUGGUGUUUAUUCGCUUCGAAAGCGAGCCGGAUGACCCGUGGGCUAUUGAUCAGAUCGAUGUAGAUGUACGUUUUCAACUGGGCCCGACUGCGGAACACUGGCAUCACUGGCAUUUUGAACACGCAGUUCUGUUACCUUGUAUAUCAUGGCUGAAGAAUUCAAAAACAUAUCAGAUAGGACCUCGAAACGGUCUGUUCAUUGAACAUCAGUACCUGUACUCUCCAAAAGCGGGAGAGAGAAUUCGAGAUUGGGUUUAA